GGAGGAAAUGCAGCCUGUGCUGAGAGCACUAAAGUGUGCCACCACCGUCAUGUCUGCGGAGAAGGACAUCUCCAUCUCCAACACUUAUCCCAUCACCUUCGGCCUCAUCAAUGCCCAUCUGAUGCGCAAAGAAGGAGACGGGCCCAAGGUUAUCGAGUUCAAAACUAAAGUGCGGUCCUCCCUCAGCACCCGAAUGAAUGUUCAGUCUGCUGAAUUUGUAUCAUCGGCCCCCAUGCUUUCAGCAAUGCUGGACCCUCGUCACAAGCACCUGAGCUUUCUGACACCUGCACAGACAGUAGUUGCUAAUGCGAAAUUAGUUGAACUGGGAGAGGCAGUGGAGACAGGCCAGGAGGCUAUCGAGCAGGCUGGGGGGCACGCGGACGAAGGGAGCGCAAACACUGGAGCGGCCGCAGCCGCCACACAGGCAUCCGCUAUGGCACUUCUCCUCUGGGAGCAGUACUCCAUUAUACUGGACACUGGCAUUGACACAGAGGUUAAUAACUUUCUGAAGGAUACCCCCCCACCCCUGGAUUGCAACCCUGCCGACUGGUGGAAAGGGAAUGGAAGAAGGUUCCCCAGGCUGUCAAAGUUAGCGCGACAAUACCUCUGCAUCCCCGCAACUUCGGUCCCGUCAGAGCGGGUGUUUUCUGCUGCUGGACUGACAGUUACAAGGCUGCGUUCGCGUCUGACCCCCGAGCAUGUUAACAUGCUUAUAUUCCUAAACAAAAAUAUGUAGGCUAGAGUUACUGUAUGCUAUGGACAGUAGGGACAGUCACCACCGUAUGUGAGUCGCUCUUUUUUUUCUUAAUGUGCUCGCUCUGCUUUUCUUUCGGCUUGGUGCCUCUUGGAGUCGUUACAUUUUGCCAAAACUGUGAUAUUUUAGCAACAAGUUCAGCCUUAUAUAUGUUCAAUAAGGUAUUGCUUUUAGAUAGAUUAGUUCAUGCAAUUGUUUGUAAAUGGGUGGCUCAUCUUUUUGUUGCGAGCCUUUUCCGCGUGCCGGCUGCAGCCUAUAGGCAUUAUAUGUCAGCCUUUUUUCCCCCUUUUUUUCAAAACAGUUAUACAGUUUAAUGCCCACUUUUAGCCUACUGCCUUUGUUUGAUUAUUGUUGUCCGAUAAGUUGGCUACUUAUUGUAAUUGGAAUAGGCUACAGAUUUAGUCUUGUUGAAUCGUUUCCAAACCUUUAAGAGCGCCUGUAGGCGCAUUGUUCGGACUUUACGAGCGCCGCAUAGGCCUAUAACCUAUAAUGCCUGUAUUUAUUAUUUUAAAACUGUUAAACAGUUGUAGGUCUUCAAGUUAACUGUAUUG